UUCUCUUGUAUAAAGUCUUCUCCUUGACGUUCGACCCUUUGGUCAAUCGGUUCAUUUCAAUUUUCUAUAAGAUCUUUGGGUUAGAUAUUUGGAGCAUCUCCGACUUAACCCAAGAGAGAGAGAGAUCAUGGAUGCUAGAGCUGUUCUUAUUACCGGCGAGAUAGACAAUUACGAUGGCGUUACCGUAACAAUGGAGGAACCAAUGGAUGCUGAGGAUUUCACUGAAAGACUUAGGGCUUCGCUUUCACAUUGGAGACAAGAGGGGAAGAAAGGGAUUUGGAUAAAGCUACCUCUUGGAUUGGCUAAUCUUGUAGAGCCUGCAGUUAGUGAAGGGUUUAGAUAUCACCACGCAGAGCCUUCUUACUUGAUGCUUGUGUCUUGGAUCUCUAACACUCCUGAUACAAUCCCUGCCAAUGCUUCUCAUAUUGUUGGUGUUGGUGCUUUGGUCCUCAACAAAAGCACUAGAGAGGUCCUCGUUGUCCAAGAAAAGAGUGGUUAUUUCAAAGAUAAAAAUGUGUGGAAGCUGCCAACCGGUGUUGUCAACGAGGGUGAGGAUAUUUGCGCUGGAGUAGCUAGGGAAGUGGAAGAAGAAACUGGUAUUGUUGCAGAUUUUGAGGAAGUGUUGUCUUUCAGGCAAAGCCACAAAGCAUUCUUGAAACAGAAAACUGAUCUGUUUUUCCUGUGUGUCUUAACUCCACGCUCUUACGAAAUCACUGAACAAAAAUCUGAGAUCUUGCAAGCUAAGUGGAUGCCGAUCAAAGAAUACGUAGACCAGCCAUGGAACCAGAACAAGGAGAUGUUCAAGAUCAUGGCUAACAUUUGCCAGAAGAAGUGUGAUGAAGAAUAUUUGGGAUUCUCCACUGUGGAGACUAAAACAGGAAGUGGUAAAAAGAGCUUUGUCUACUGCAAUGCUGAUCACGCCAAGAGCCUUAAUGCAAUGAGUGGCUAA